AGCUGAGCAGAGCGCACAGCGUACAGACCAGACGCAGGAAAGAGAGGGAGGAAAGGCGCACAGAUUUCAGUGGCAUUCAGCUGGUUCUCCCACUCUCAAAGGAUGAACAGAUAGCUACAAAUGUGGAUGUGUUUUUAUGGAAAUUAGAACAACUUGAGUCAGCUUCGUUUAACAUUUGUUUGUUUUCGCUCCUCGCUCCGUGGAGAGAGACAUGCAGCUGCUGAUUGAGGGAGCACCGCAUUUAGUCAAUUCAAACUGGGACUGACCUGUGCUGCAGUUUUGUGAUCUGUUUGCGACUUCAGCAAACAUGCAACCAGGGAAAAUGAAAGGACUAUUUCUGUCAACAAUGUGGACAUGUCUGGCUGUUUUGACGCUGACAACACAACACGUCACCGGUAAGACACUGAAAUAUCAGGUUCACGAGGAGCAGAAGGUUGGCACGGUUAUUGCCCGUUUGAGGGACGAUGUUGCAGAUGUUCUUGCUAAACUUCCGAGCUCAGUGUCGCUCCGCUUCAGAGCUAUGCAAAGAGGAAGCUCGUCGUUCCUAGCGGUGCGCGAGCAGGACGGAGAAAUCAGCAUCAGGACAAAGAUUGACCGCGAGAAACUCUGCGAAAAGAAUCUCAACUGUUCUAUUCAAUUCGACGUGCUGACACUCCCCACGGAGCACCUGCAGCUGUUUCACGUUGAGGUGGAGGUGUUAGACAUCAACGACAACGCACCCCAGUUUGCCCGCGCCGUCGUCCCCAUAGAGAUCUCCGAGAGCGCGGCCGUGGGGGCGCGCAUUCCCCUGGACAGCGCCACAGACCCCGAUGUCGGGGAGAACUCGCUCUACACGUAUGCCUUAGAGACCAACAACUUUUUCAAGAUCGACAUCCAGUCUAGGACUGACGGGGCUAAAUAUGCAGAGCUGGUGGUGCUCAGGGAGCUGGACCGGGAGGUGCGCUCCGGUUAUGAACUUCAAUACACAGCCUCUGAUAGGGGCGUUCCCUCAAGAACGGGUUCGACGCUCCUCAAAAUCAGUGUUGCUGACUCAAAUGACAACAGCCCGAUUUUUGACAAGUCAUCAUAUGUCAUUAGUCUCCCAGAAAAUGCACCUGUUGGCACUUUGCUCAUUGACUUAAACGCCACUGACGCGGACGACGGUACUAACGCCAAAAUAAUCUACUCAUUCAGCAGUCAUGUGUCGCCCAAAAUAAUGGAGACGUUCAAGAUUAACCCCGACAGCGGUCGCCUGACCCUCAUAAGGCGGGUGGACUAUGAGACCGUUAACUCGUAUGACAUUGACGUUCAAGCGCAGGACAUGGGUCCGAACUCCAUGCCAGCACACUGCAAGAUCCUGGUCAAAGUGGUAGAUGUGAACGACAAUAAACCAGACAUCAGCAUCAACCUUAUGUCCUCUCAGGGGAAUGGGGAUGCAGCUUACAUAUCCGAGGCCUCUCCUUUGGACACGUUUGUAGCUUUGGUGAGGGUGGAGGACUUGGACUCUGGGUUGAAUGGAGAGGUAGAGUGUAAACUUCAUGGUCAAGGAUAUUUCAAACUGCAGAAGUCCUACGAGAACAACUACAUGAUUUUGACCAAUGUGUCUCUGGACCGUGAGAAGAGGUCAGAGUUCAGUCUGACAGUGGUGGCAGAGGACAGAGGGACCCCCAGUCUCUCUACUGUCAAACAUUUCACUGUACAUGUGACUGAUGAAAAUGACAACCCACCACGUUUUGAGAAAGGCCAAUAUGAGAUCUUCAAAUCAGAGAACAAUGCUCCUGGAGCGUAUCUGACCUCCAUCAUGGCCACUGACCCUGAUCUGGACACCAAUGGACAGGUGAGCUACUCCAUCUUGGAGAACUCCAUUCACGGGAGCUCCAUCUCCACCUACGUCACCAUUGACCCCUCAAACGGGGCCAUAUAUGCACUGCGUACAUUUGAUCGUGAGGAUGUUAGUCGCAUCUCCUUUGUUGUGCAAGCCAAAGAUGCAGGGAAACCACUGCUGCUCAGCAACGCCACAGUUAUUCUGAAUAUUCUGGAUGAGAAUGACAACUCUCCAGUCAUCGUGGUCCCCCAGCUGUGGAACUUCACUGCUGAUGUGCCCGCGUCAAAGUUCACAGAGGCUGGACAGUUAGUAACCGUGGUCAGGGCGACUGAUCACGACACGGGGGUCAACGCUGAGCUCAUUUGCUCUAUUGUCAGUGGUAACGAAGAGGGCUUCUUCAUUAUUGACCCAAGAACGUGUGAAAUCCACGCCAACGCCAGCCUGGAGAACUUCCCUCGUGAGCACGCUGAGUUGACAGUGAUGGUCAGAGAUCAUGGAAGGGAGAGCCUCAGCGCUAAAGCGGCAAUAAAAAUCACCCUCUAUGAGAACAUGGAGAACCACGUCCAGGUGAUGGACCAGGGGGAAUCUUCUGUCGAUACAUCCCUGAUUAUCAUCAUCUCCCUGGCGGCCAUCUGCACCAUGCUCUUGGUCAUCAUGGUGGUGUUUGCCGCUCGCUGUAACCGGGAGAAGAAGGACACAAGACACUCCUACAACUGUCGGGUAGCAGAAUCGACCCACCAGCAUCAUCCCAAGAAGCCCUCGCGCCAAAUCCACAAAGGUGAUAUCACCCUGGUUCCCACGGUGAACGGCACCCUGCCAAUCAGGGCUCACCACCGCUCGCCUUCGGCCACGCCCCCCAUGGACCGAGCCCAGAUGGGGAGCCGGCAGAAUCACCACAGCCGCCAAUCACUAAACAGCCUGGUGACCAUCUCGUCCAAUCACAUCCCAGAGAGCUUUGCACUGGAACUGGCGCAUGCAACUCCACCAGUGGAGCAAGUCUCACAGCUUCUGUCCAUGCUCCAUCAGGGCCAGUACCAGCCCAGACCCAGUUUCCGUGGCAACAAAUACUCCCGCAGCUACAGAUAUGCAUUACAAGACAUGGACAAGUUCAGCCUGAAGGACAGUGGCCGUGGGGACAGCGAGGCAGGAGACAGUGACUGUGACAUGGGUCGGGAAUCCCCCGUGGACAGGCUGCUGCUGGGGGAGGGCUUUUCUGACCUGAUCCACCUCGAAAUGCACCAUCGACUACACCCAGCUAUGAGACUGUGCACGGAUGAAUGUCGUGUCCUGGGACACUCUGACCAGUGCUGGAUGCCCCCCCUCUCCUCGCCGGCUUCCUCUGACUACCGCAACAACAUGUACAUCCCCGGGGAGGAGUCCUCCCAGCAGCCUCCACUCGAAGAUGACCAAUCCUCCGUUGACUCGGAGCGGCGCAAGAGCUUCUCCACUUUUGGCAAGGAGUCUGGGAACGAAGAGGAAGGGCCCGGGGGAGUCGUCGCCGGAGGAGGAAGCAAUGCUUGUGCGGCUGGAGGAGGGGCUGGCUCCCUCCUCACAGAGAUGAACUCUGUGUUCCAGCGGCUCCUCCCCCCUAAUAUGGACUCGUAUGCAGAGUGCACUGAAACAAGCCCACCCUCGUCCUCAUCGACCGCUGAGAGAGGAAGUGGGCGUGGUGGAAACAUUGCAGGCAACCACAGUAACAAUGCUGUCCCUCAAGACAACCGGAGAGGAUUGUUGCCAGGUGGGAAGGGUCCCGCUUACCCCCCAGGUGUGGCUGCAUGGGCGGCCAAUACCCACUAUCUAAAUCCUGGAAGCGGAUCAGCGGGAACCAAUCAUGUCGCCUCCUCUCCUUCUUCAUCAUCAUCCUCCAACUCCACUUCCACCUCGACCAACGGACAGCCGCCACAUCUCAAAUGGCUGCCAGCCAUGGAGGAAAUCCCAGAGAAUUAUGAGGAAGAUGACUUUGAUGGCGUCUUCCAUCAGGGCGGAAAGCGCAGUGAGAGCCGACAUGAGAGCCGACAUGAGAGCCGACAUGAGAGCCGACAUGAGAGCCGACAUGAGGCCGGCAUGGACGCUAGCGAGCUGGUCCAUGAGAUCAACAAGCUGCUGAAGGACGUCAGACAGAACUAGAGGCAUCGCAUCGUUUCACGUCUCACCUCAUUCUGGCAAACGCUUGUUCUUUGUGUCAACAUAUAUAAACUUUAUGAUGACUGUUUCCUUGUUCACUAUAAUGCUUGUCUUGUUUAUUUGACCAAAUAUACUCUUAAGAGCUCAGUGCUGAGAGACUCGCAGAGAAAAGUAAAACACAGCACUGAAGUUGUGAUCGAGGCGACUCAAAGAACAGACUGCUCAGUUGUUAUUACGGUCUCACCGAAAGUUGCUUGAUUGACUGAUUUCAAAGGAGAUCCACCAACAAUACUGUACCCUCUCUUCAUUUGUAAUGUUUACUGCAGCGUGAACAGACUCAACAGGGAGGAACCAACAGUUGUGAUCUAAUUUCUGCUUCUACAGUGUACAAUAUUGUACAGUGUCUGUGGAAAAAGACAAACUCACUUGGAUAUCGUGCUACGUCUCCUGUUUUGUUAUUAUGGAAUGUAACUGUACAACUUGACCUUUGCAUUUUAAAAAUACACUCUUUUUUACUUCUAUAUAUUUAUAUGUGUCCAUGUAUGUUUGUACAGAAAAAGAAAUGUCUAUUUUUUAUAUUUGUCACUGCAUGUCUUAAUAUCACUUAAUGUGUCUCUUCUCCUCUGCCCUGUUUAUUUUAUAAAACAAUUGUAUUUAAUUUUGGUAUUGAAUGUGUGUGUGUGUGUGUGUGUGUGUGUGUAUUGAAAAUAAUCGCAUUCCAAUGCAGUUCCAUGUUGGAAUUUGGUUUUGUACGGUAAAAUUGUGACCAUUGGAUGAUAAAUAAAGUGGAAGAAUUCAUAACCACGUCUGAGAAGUCUCAUUACUUCACACUUCUUUUUCAUUUCUCAUACGUUUUACUCAGAGUGCGUCCAUCUGCCCCCCUGU